UAUGGAGUCUGGCAAAAUGCAGAGUAGCAAAUAAAAAUAUAAAAUUGACUACAGAGCAGUUAGAACAAAUGAUUAAAGAGUCAUUUGAAAAUGUGACUGCAGAAGAGUGGAAGAAAAUGACUGAUCAUGUUGUACAUGUGUAAAAUAAAUAUAAAGAAAGAACAGGACUACAGAGGAACAUUUAGAAAGUUUUAUAAUCAAUGUGAGAGACAAUGAUAACAGCAAUGACUCUGAUGAAUCUAUGCAUAUUUAUUGGAUUAUUUCGAAAAAAGUUGUGUUUUAUAAUAAAUAUAGUUUUAGUUUUCUAUACAAUGCUAGUCAUUUUAAGUAUCAAUAGUAAAAUACUAUAUCAAUAUAUCAAACUUUCAUUAGCCAGACUUUUUUUUCUAGUAUAGUCUUCGACGUUCGUAAAAUCUAGUUCUUAAAAUAAAGAACUCUUCGAAGUUCGACGUCAACCGUCAACUGUCAAUAUAAUAUUUGGUGAUAAUUUAGAGAAUAUUUUUUUUUCAAUUGCAAUGCUUAAUUGGGUUAAUUCUAAAGAUCUACGCGAAUAGAUUUACCUUUUCUUUUUAUGCUUUGCAAAAUAAAGAUACUUAGCAGAUGUCGGGGGGUGAAUACAGAUACGUUUGGCGCAUUGCGUUUCGGAAUUUUUUAAAUUCUUUUCGGCCUCGACAACUUCGUGGUAAUGAAAUAGGAAAAGAUUAUAUUGGAAAUGUAUAUUAUGAAAUACCAGCUGAUCCAAGUAGAGGCAAAAGAAAACCAGCACGUUGGUAUGAUCCACCUAAAGGCCUGGACUUUCAAGAUCCAUUGCCUUCCGAGUGGGAGUCUUGGCUUCGAAUGAGAAGAAUGGAGCCACCUACAAGUGAGGAAAUAGCUAAUAACUUAGCUAUAGCUGAAAUGAAGAAAUUAAAUGCUGAUAAGCUAGAAGCUAAAAGACUUGCAGAUGGUGGUUCCCUGCCAAUAGCUGUAGAAAGAGGUCCUCAAUCUUUUCCUAAAUACAAGGAUUUCCAUGUAGGAGAUAUAGAAAAUAAUCAUAGAAAUAAAUAUUAGUAGUAGUAAUAAAUAUGUGUGAUAAUUAAUUACAAACACAAUAAAGUUUAUUUAUUUUAAC